AUGGAUUGGAUAUAUCCAAUAAUAGCAUUAUAUAGUGGAGUGAUACCUCCACAAUGCUUGAGAAAUAUCAGCUCCACUCUACGGUAUUUGUAUCUGCAGUCCAACCAGAUUCAAGGACAGUUCCCUCCAUCAUUUUGCAACCUGAGAAAACUAGAGAUGUUGGAUAUAUCCAAUAAUAGAUUUAGUGGAGUGAUUCCAAAAUGCUUAAGAAAUAUCAUCUCCUCUCUUGUGAUGGUAGAUAUGGGGAACAAUAGUUUUCAUGGCAUCAUUCCAGAUGUGUACAAGGAGUGUGGAGAAUUACAAGGGCUUAUAUUGAAUGGAAAUCAAUUACAAGGAGAGAUCCCAAGUUCCUUGUCCAAAUGUCAAUCCUUGAUGGUAUUAGAUCUUGGAAACAACAAAUUAAAUGGCACAUUCCCUCAUUGGUUAGGUGAUCUUCCAGCACUGCAGGCUCUUGUAUGCGAGUCCUCUGACUUAUCUCAUAAUGAGUUUGAAGGCCAUCUCCCACGAACGUAUUUGCAAAAUUUCAAUGCCAUGAAGAACGCGGUAAAGAAUAGAACAACACCCACAUAUUUAUCCGCAGGUGGAAAGUAUUACUCGGUCACUAUUAUGGUGAAAGGCAGGGACCUACACUUUCUAAAAAUUUCGGUUGACUACGUAAUUGUCGAUCUAUCAAACAACCGCUUUGAAGGGGAGAUUUUGGGCGUCAUCGGUUGUCUUGCUUCUCUCAUAGUGCUUGACCUAUCCCACAACAGCCUCACAGGCCAAAUUCCAUCUGUUUUAGGGAAUAUCUCCGAGAUUGAAUCCUUAGACCUCUCUUGUAAUCAACUCACAGGAGAGAUCCCCCGAAGCCUUGCAGGCUUGACAUUUCUUGCAUUCUUAAAUCUCUCCCACAACCAUCUUGGGGGACAUAUUCCAUCAGGAACACAAUUCACUGCAUUUACGGCUUCUUCAUUUGGAGGGAAUCCAGAACUUUGUGGUAUUCCAUUACCCAACAAGUGUGAGCAUCCACUCGCACCACAACUUCAAGUCAAUGGUGAUGGAGAUGAGGAGAGUGGUGAUAUUGGGGUAUGGGUGUGGGCCAUACUUGGAUUAGUCAUGGGUUAUGUCAUGCUGUCCACAGGAAGACCAAAGUGGUUCAAUGCAAUUGUUGAUGCAGGAGAGCAUACGAUCAAAACAAGGCAUAACAGGAGAAGAUAUGUAUAUAUUGGAAAAUGAACUUAGAUUCUGACAGGUCUUUAUUUUACAUGUUCUUUUGUUCAUCCAAAAUGUGCUAAAUGACUUAACUCUUUUUUCUUUAUCUAAUUCUCUGAU